AUGGGUGAUGCACCUUUCUUUAAUGAAGGGAACUGCUCAGGUUCCAUGAACUGCUCUGAAAAGAACUCUUCAUUACUGGUCUUUGGUGAGGUAUGCCAGGCUCAUCUUGUCAUGUUCUUCAUCAUGGCUAUCGCAUAUGGUGCAGUUGCUCUUCUUGCAGUCAUUGGAAACAUUGCCCUGAUUCUCAUUAUUAUGAAGCAGAAAGAGAUGCACAAUGUCACAAACAUACUCAUUGCCAACCUCUCGGUCUCUGACUUGCUUAUGUCUGUCAUGUGCCUCCCCUUUACGCUUGUGUAUACAUUCAUGGACCACUGGGUUUUUGGAGAAGUCAUGUGCAAGUUGAACAACAUGGUGCAGUGUGUUUCCGUCUCAGUUUCCAUCCUUUCACUGGUCCUAAUAGCAGUCGAACGUCACCAACUCAUCAUCAACCCUCGAGGCUGGAGACCAAACAAUAUGCAUGCCUAUAUUGGGAUUGCCAUGAUCUGGGUCAUGGCUAUCUGUAUAUCUCUGCCUUUAAUGCUUUUCAACAUUGUGACAGAUGACCCUCUGAAGUUGUUACCACACUUUCAGGAACAGUAUAAUGGCAAGGUUGUAUGCAUUAGCAAUUGGCCUUCAGAAACAUUCAAGCUGACCUACACGACCUGUCUGCUAAUGAUACAGUAUAUAGGACCUCUUGGCUUCAUAUUUAUGUGCUACUUAAAGAUUUAUAUUCGCCUUAAGAGAAGAAAUUGCAUGAUGGACAAGAUGAGGGAGAAUAAGUGCAGGUCCACAGAGACCAAAAGAAUCAAUGUCAUGUUGAUUUCCAUAGUGGUGGCAUUUGCAGUGUGUUGGCUUCCUCUCAACAUCUUCAAUGCUGUGGCAGACUGGAAUCAUGAAAUCAUAAUGAACUGUAGCCACAACCCAGUCUUUUUGCUUUGUCUUUUGACAGCAAUGAUCUCCACCUGUGUAAAUCCCAUCUUUUAUGGUUUUCUCAAUAGGAACUUUCAGCGGGAUUUGCAUGCAGUUCUCCACUUCUGCAAGUGCUCCUCUAAGGAAGAGGAUUAUGAGACAAUAGCCAUGUCAACCAUGCACACAGAUGUAUCCAAGACCUCUCUGAGACUAGGCAGUCCAGAAGUGUAA